AUGGAGCGGUCUUUGUUGGAGCAAGAAGAAGUCAUCGGCGGCAUUUGUCGCACGAUCGAUAAUUUCAAAAAAAUGGGAUCGAAGAAUCAUUCUGGAGCUGUCAUUAGAAACCGUCUGUCCAUCCUGCAAGAACUGUGCUCAAGAUGUCAACGAUUACACGCCGACAUCAGGAGCCUCGCCUCUACCAAGGAAUUAACGGAACUCGCUUAUUUCACGGACCAGAUGUUCUGCCAAGCUGAGGAAGCUUACCUAACGGCCUCGGACUACCUGGCGGAAGCCCUGGAGAAGCUGUCGAAACCCUCUGUCGUUUCUGAGGUCAACCCCUGUAACCACUCUGUCAGUGAUUGUAAUUCUGCUCAAGUGCCCCUUCCGCGUAUUCCUCUACCAAAGUUCACUGGGCAAUACAACGAAUGGGUUAAUUUCCGAGACUUAUUCAUUACAUUAGUCGCUUCAAACGAAAGUCUCUCGAAUGUUCAGCGAAUGCACUACUUGAAGACUAGUUUAAUCGGAGACGCCUGUCGCGUGAUAAAAAACUUCUCUGUAACUGAUGCUAAUUAUUUGUCUGCUUGGGCCGAAUUACUUGAACGAUAUGAUAAUCCUCGCGUGAUUAUCUCUUCUCAUUUAAACACAAUCCUUGAUCUCCCUCCUAUGAGGUCCGAAUCCGCUUCGGAAUUGAGACGCGUGCGCGACGCCAUUAACGACUCGCUUCAUGCGCUCCGAAAUCUGGAACGUAAAGUCGACGAUGACCUAGUGGUUGCGAUCGCUGUUCGUAAAUUAGAUUCUCAGACUAGGAAGGAGUGGGAACUCCAUCUCGGCGAUUCUCUAACUCCCCCUCCUUUCUCCGAUCUCGGAAAGUUUCUAUUGAAACGAAUACUAGCGUUAGAAGCUCUUUUUGACUUUAAGGAACCUCCUAAUAAUAAAGCGAAUCGUGCCGGAGCCACUAGGUCUCUCGCUGCUAAUGUUAGUAAGAAUACGUGCCCUUAUUGUCAAGAAACUCACCCUCUGUAUUUAUGUACUAAUUUUAAAUCUUUACCCGUAGAUCAACGAAAAACCUACGUGAAGACGCUACGCCGCUGUUUCAAUUGUCUAAAGUUUGGACAUUUUCCUCGGGAAUGUCCUUCACUUGUUCGCUGUGCUCGCUGCCACGGAAAACAUCAUUCCCUGCUUCAUGGGGCUAAGAAUUCGGACGCUUCAGCGAUAGCGCCGGAAGCGGACGGGUCCGCUACCGUUGCAUCUGUCUCUAACACGAACGAGGCGAAAUCUGUAAACGCUCUGAAGGUACUAACCUCAAGGAAACUCUCUUCUGAUGACUCUCCCGUUCUGUUAGCUACUGCUCGUGUUUUAGUUUGUUCCGACAAUGGAAGAGAAUUGAUAUUGAGAGCUCUAGUCGAUUCCGGCUCCGAAGCCACGUUCAUAACAGAAAGGGCUGCUCAAGCCCUUUGUCUUAAGAGAACAAAAACAAGCGUGAGAGUCACGGGAUUGGGUGACCGAUGCAGCGACGUCGCUAACUAUUCUACCGCAAUUUUACUGUCCACCAGAGACAACCCUCCUGCUGUCCUUCGAACUAAGGCCUACGUCCUUCCCAGUCUCACUACUUGUAAACGUGUUAGAGUGGAUUGUACUCAACUUCCUCACCUUAGAGGUCUACGAUUGGCCGACUCCGAUCCGUCUAGUCAGGAUCGUAUUGAUUUGUUGAUAGGUGCUGACGUUUACAGCUCCAUUAUCCUUGAGGGCGUUCGUAAAGGAUCAGAAGGCGAACCCGUCGCUCAAAAUACUGCUUUAGGCUGGAUUUUAUUUGGGCCGUAUACUCCUUAUCCUGACUCGGAUCUAAAAUGUUUGUCUAACCGGAGUCAAGCCUCGUGUCUCAAUGUUACUGUAACUCCGUCUUUAGAUCAUUGUUUGCAAAGAUUCUGGGAACUCCCUUGUUCGUCGCCUCUCACGGAUGACGAACUCCACUGCGAAUCUUAUUUCGCCUCUACGCACUCGCGUAAUGCUAAAGGUCGUUAUAUUGUUCGCCUCCCAUUCAAGGAUCAAAUGAAGGAUAAUCUUGGCAGCUCGAUGCGUGUGGCUACCCGUCUUCUGAUGAAACUAGAAACGCGACUACACAAAGUUAAGGAACUCUUUCACUCCUACAACGCAUUUCUGCUAGAGUAUCAGAACCUUGGACACAUGGCUCCUGUGCCUCCGGAGGAAAUCUCUCGAUCUUCUACUUACUACUUGCCGCACCAUCCCGUUUUUCGGGAAUCGAGUACCUCCCCAUUGAGAGUGGUCUUUAAUGCUUCCAGCACUGUCGAUUAUGGUUCCUUGCUGAACGAGCUUUUAUUGCCAGGCCCCAAAUUACAAAAGGACCUACCGUCUAUUCUCUUGAAUUGGAGAUCUCACCGUCUGGUUUACAUGGCCGAUAUUGCCAAAAUGUUUAGGCAGAUUCUUGUACACCCUUCCGACACUGAUUACCAAAGGAUACUCUGGCGAGUCCAUCCUCAUGAUUCUAUCAAUCACUUUCGUUUAUUGACCGUUACUUACGGUACUACUUGCGCUCCUUUUCUGUCGAUGCGUGUUUUAAAACAACUCUGUAUUGAUGAAGGCCACAAGUUUCCUCUUGCUGUCUCGAUCCUGUCGAACUCUAUUUAUGUUGACGACGCUCUCUUUGGCGCUCAUGAGGUCGCUACGAUUCUGGAGAUGCGCUCUCAACUUACCUCUCUUUUGAAACUAGGAGGCUUUCAUCUACGAAAAUGGGCGUCGAACUACGGCGACCUGUUGCUUGAUAUACCGAUGGAUGACCAACUGGAACCCGCUGGAUUCACUUUCCAGGAGGAGGCUUCGAUCAAGGCUCUGGGCCUACAUUGGGACCCUGUGUCCGAUAAGUUCUCCUUUCAAUACAAUCACUGUGAAGCCCCUACCUCUAGUAAGCGAACCGUGCUGUCUGUCGUUUCUCGCAUUUUUGAUCCACUGGGACUGAUCGCUCCUGUUAUUGUAUCUGCCAAAAUUUUCUUGCAGGAAUUGUGGCUGCGUAAAGUGGAAUGGGAUCAACCAUUACCUGCUGAUCUUCUCUGUUGGUGGAAUAACUAUCUGUUGAGUCUGUCUGAACUACGAAGAAUUCACGUUCCACGUUGGACGAAACAGAGUCCCGAAAUGCUCGGAAUUGAAGUUCACGGCUUCGCGGACGCUUCCACACGAGCGUACGCUGCCGUUGUUUACCUUCGCAUCCUUAACAACUCUGAUCAGUACGAAACCUCCUUAGUGGCUUGUAAAACAAAAGUGGCUCCUAUCAAAACCGUUAGUGUGCCUCGAUUAGAACUAUGCGCUGCCGCCAUGCUGGCCAGGUUAUUGUCGUUCAUUCUGUCGUCUCUAGGCCUGGAUAACGCUCCUGUCUAUUGCUGGUCUGAUUCGAAGGUCACUCUAGCCUGGCUUUCUCAACAUCCUGUGAUAUGGAAAACCUUUGUAGCGAAUCGGGUGUCCGAUAUACAUCAACGUUUGCCUAAAGCCAAGUGGAACUAUGUUUGUUCUGAACAAAACCCUGCAGACUGUGCAUCUAGGGGGAUUGAUGUUGAUUCACUCUUAUCUCAUCCCUUGUGGUGGAAAGGCCCUCUGUGGCUCUCAAAGAACUCCGCGGAAUGGCCUGAACAUUCUACCAACGGAAACGUCGAAGCCGAAAAGGAAAGACGCGUUAGAAAAGCGUUCGCUAUCUCGACUCUACUCUCUGAGUGGGAACUUCCUAACGAAGUCUCCUCGUGGCCUCGCUUGCUUAGAAUAACCGCUUAUUGCAUUUUAUUUUUGAAUAUUGCAACGUUACUUUCUUCACGUCUGCAACUUCGCCGUGCUUCUCAACAAAAGGUUGGGCGCCAGGCGCGUAAUUCGCGCCGCACAAAACUCGCGAUACUCUCGGUACUUCGCACGACGGCCAAAUGCCGACUAGUCCGCCUCCACACGAAAUGGCAGAAGGGCGAGGUUCUUUCUCGGCACGCGGAAUAG